CAGAUAGUCAUGUGACUCAACCAAUGUUGUCCAUCUCAUACGCUGCAGGCAAGGAUGCCCUGAGGCAUGGUAUGUUGGCGAGACCAUGCGGAUGCUAUGGCAAUGGAUGAAUGGACACUGCACAACAAUCACUAUACAAGAAUGUUCCCUCCCAGUUAGGGAACACUCCAGCGAUCAAGGACAUUCAGCUUCCGAUCUUCAGAAAUUUUGUGCUCACACACAAGAUGAGACUUGCAAGAGGACUAUCGAUAUUAUUUUUCUGUAUCAGUACAUGCUCAGGAGAGGACACAGCUGCUGAUGACAUAGGAAUUCACCAAAUGACUCGAAUAUCAGAACUGCUCACCUCUGUUGAAUGUGACCUUCUUCACAAAAAGCUUACCCACCCUGAGAAAGACAUUAUGAAGGAAAUUGACCAAAUGUCAGAGGAAAAUGACAAUUUAUUCAAGACCCGGAAACGCAGAGAAAUCAUUAAUAUUGAAGACUGUACUGAAAUUCUGAUUGACUGGUUGAAGAAUGAAGGUGACAGCAUGUACUGGGAUCGACUGUCUCGAGCACUGAGACAGAUUGGUCGGGAAGACGUUGAUAAAGAACUGCGAAAGAACAUGAACCAGGACAAGACUUUGGAAGUGAAUAAGAAUAUUGAAGAAUAUGGUAAAACAUUACAGCAGGCUUACUCCUCCCUAAUUGUGACUGAUGAUGAGAUUAACAUCAGAGACAGAAACAGAGACAAACGUAAUGGAUUCCGAGAAAUUAAUUGGGAUGAGUUGGAACUAAUUGUUGAAAUGGAAAAACUUCCGCCUUAUCCAAGAAAACUCACUGAAGGAUUCAGGACAGUUCUUUGGGGUGUGUUUUUUGGUUUUGUUGGUUCCACUUUUCUGGGUGCCAUCAGCCUAUAUUUUAUCAUCAAAAUAACGGAGAAAGACUAUAUGGAGAUAAUGCGUCGGUCAAAUGUGCUGCACCGCAUCAAACGCAGAAGAAAACCAGUACAACGUAUAGUUUACUCUUCAGAUGAUGAAAACAUUCAUGUGGACAAAUCACCUAAACACUUCAGACAGUACUUCCGUCCCUUUCGUGCUACAAAUUAUGUCCAAGAAAAAUCGAAACCAAAUAGGAUGACAAACUAAAAUAAUUUCAUAUACCGUGUAACGUUAAAGGAAAUUUGGAAAUUGUAAAUUUUUAAGUAUCAGUGACUCAAUUGUCUGAUUACGUCAUUCACCAUACUGAA